AUGGGUAAAGAAGUGUUGACUCUCAGUGGGGCUGGGGUGGAUGGAACAGUGUUGACUCUCAGUGGGGUUGGGGUGGAUGGAACAGUGUUGACUCUCAGUGGGGCUGGGAUGGGUAAAGCAUUGUUGACUCAAGGGGCUGGGGUGGAUGGAACAGUGUUGACUCUCAGUGGGGCUGGGAUGGGUAAAGAAGUGUUGACUCUCAGUGGGGCUGGGGUGGAUGGAACAGUGUUGACUCUCAGUGGGGUUGGGGUGGAUGGAACAGUGUUGACUCUCAGUGGGGCUGGGAUGGGUAAAGCAUUGUUGACUCAAGGGGCUGGGGUGGAUGGAACAGUGUUGACUCUCAGUGGGGCUGGGGUGGAUGGAACAGUGUUGACUCUCAGUGGGGCUGGGGUGGAUGGAACAGUGUUGACUCUCAGUGGGGUUGGGGUGGAUGUAACAGUGUUGACUCUCAGUGGGGUUGGGGUGGGUGGAGCAGUGUUGACUCUCAAUGAGGCUAUUGUGGAUGGAACAGUGUUGACUCUCAGUGUGGCUGGGGUGGAUGGAACAGUGUUGACUCUCAGUGGGGCUGGGGUGGAUGGAACAGUGUUGACUCUCAGUGGGGUUGGGGUGGAUGGAACAGUGUUGACUCUCAGUGGGGCUGGGGUGGAUGGAACAGUGUUGACUCUCAGUGGGGUUGGGGUGGGUGGAGCAGUGUUGAUUCUCAGUGGGGCUGGGGUGGAUGGAACAGUGUUGACUCUCAGUGGGGCUGGGGUGGAUGGAACAGUGUUGACUCUCAGUGGGGCUGGGGUGGAUGGAACAGUGUUGACUCUCAGUGGGGUUGGGGUGGAUGGAACAGUGUUGACUCUCAGUGGGGUUGGGGUGGAUGGAACAGUGUUGACUCUCAGUGGGGUUGGGGUGGGUGGAGCAGUGUUGACUCUCAAUGAGGCUAUUGUGGAUGGAACAGUGUUGACUCUCAGUGGGGCUGGGGUGGAUGGAACAGUGUUGACUCUCAGUGGGGCUGGGGUGGAUGGAACAGUGUUGACUCUCAGUGGGGCUGGGGUGGAUGGAACAGUGUUGACUCUCAGUGGGGCUGGGAUGGGUAAAGCAUUGUUGACUCAAGGGGCUGGGGUGGAUGGAACAGUGUUGACUCUCAGUGGGGCUGGGGUGGAUGGAACAGUGUUGACUCUCAGUGGGGCUGGGGUGGAUGGAACAGUGUUGACUCUCAGUGGGGUUGGGGUGGAUGUAACAGUGUUGACUCUCAGUGGGGUUGGGGUGGGUGGAGCAGUGUUGACUCUCAAUGAGGCUAUUGUGGAUGGAACAGUGUUGACUCUCAGUGUGGCUGGGGUGGAUGGAACAGUGUUGACUCUCAGUGGGGCAGGGGGGGAUGGAACAGUGUUGACUCUCAGUGGGGUUGGGGUGGAUGGAACAGUGUUGACUCUCAGUGGGGUUGGGGUGGGUGGAGCAGUGUUGACUCUCAAUGAGGCUAUUGUGGAUGGAACAGUGUUGACUCUCAGUGGGGCUGGGGUGGAUGGAACAGUGUUGACUCUCAGUGGGGCUGGGGUGGAUGGAACAGUGUUGACUCUCAGUGAUGUAAGCACCGAUGAGACGGGCAGAUUAACAGAAUAA